AUGAUUGUUUACUUACGCUGUAACCUAAAAGUUGUUGAACAGCCUCCUCGUGGUACUGAUCAGGCUUCAAUAAGUCAUGACGAAGCAGCCGCCAAUGAAGAGGAACCUGUCCCGUACGAGGAGCAUAUGAGAAAUGCUUUAGAGGAAACAUUAAAAGCUAUGGCUACUUGUGACGAGCCUGUUACAGUCUUAGGGGAGUUCAGGCGAAGGUUACAGCGAGGGCGAAUGCUUGACCUUCAAAACGACUCUGAACUGUGUGAGGGAAAGACCACGGAGAUAUUUGUCUCUCGUUACCGCCACUUCGAUGAUGCUAUGGAAGAGACAUUGAGGGAUGAUCCGCCAGCGAUUGAUUUCAGUGUACCUUUAGAGGUGAUCUUCACCGGCGAGGGCAUUCAAGAUUAUGGUGGUCCAAGGCGGGAAUUUUUGGGCAUGGUAAUGCGCGAAAUACGUGACAAGCUCUUCAAGGAAGAAAGAGAAGGCUACAUCAUUUUGAGAAAAAAGAAGCACUAGAUAGGAAACAUUAUUAUGGAGCUGGCCUCUUUUUUGGUUUCAGUUUGUUGCAAGGUGGUCCUUUGCCUACUUUCCUUGCUGAAGACCAGCUUCAGCGAAUCUUCAAAAAAGAUGAUUUGACUAAUCUGGGGGAAGCAGAAACCCAAUUUCGGGUAGGACUCGAGAGAUUCGGACUC